AUGGAUGAUCCUCCUUUAAAGAUUGAUGGUGCAAAAGAUGUUCCUGUCUCAAUACAUAUCUGGGAUGAUCCCAAGCCAGAUUAUGAAGAUGUUGACUAUGAAGAAAUCAUGUUUCAAGAUGAUAACAUAAUUGUUGGUGCCAUCCCACAUCCUUUAACUUUUAAUUUGCUACAAAAGCCCUCCUCUUCCAAAGUUUAUUUUGAAUUCCGUCUCUCUUCAUCCUUGGAUGAAAUGAAAGAAGAAGAAAAUCAAGAAGCAAAUAACAACACCCCUCCUAAUGAAAGACCAAAGGUCAAUGGUGAUCUAGGAACUUAA